CAAUGUAGAGUUAUACCUGGUAGUGUUUUCUGGAUUGCCAGACUUCAACAUGCAGCUGUUCCUGCUAGCUAGGUAGCUUUUGGUAGGUAUGUUUUCCCAAUGUGUACCCACUACGAGGUAGAUUUAAGGCUUCUGCAGUGCUGACAGCUAUAAAAAACGGAUGAUCUCGGUACAUACAUUCAUUCUCAUUCUCACAUUCAAGCUCACGAUUCUCUCGUAACUUAAGUGCAUUAAUUCGUAUAUUCGGUUGUGAUCAUGGCUCAAAACUAUAUCAAUCAGCUCCCGGUGGAGGCAUUCUAUUUAAUCUUCGAUAAGUUAAAAAUCAGAGAUCAGUUUUCUGCCAUGCGUACUUGUAAACUAUGGUACGAUAUUCUGAGUAGCAAUCGGUACAUUCGGAAGCAUCAGUUCAACAUCUCCGUAGCCAACCUUUGCAGUGACGUUGAUAUACAGGUUUCUGACAGGAUGAAACGCUACCCCGCGUACACGAUUUCGGAUGCGUUGGUUCCAGCCGAGCGACAAACCUGCUUUUUGGAAGCGCUACAAAAGUUCCUAUCCCACGAGGAGGUGAUGUUCAACGUUGAGGAUCUGAAUUUCGAAAUGUGCCAUUUCUCGCUAGAUGAUGUGUUUGGAAGCUUGCAGUGCUGGAACUUCCCGAACCUGAGGAAAAUUAGCUACAGUGCUUCAGUAAGAGUUAACCGCGUUGAAAUUUCCCACAGCCUUGUAAAGGCACCGAAUUUGACAAAGCUACAGUUGGAAGACAUGGGCCUGACGAUAAGCCCAUUCCUGCAGAUGUUUAGCACCCAGAUCGAGGAGCUUGAUGUGAAGUUCCAGGACCAACAAUUGUUGUUCAGUAUAAUUGGGUCCGGCACAUUUACAAAUCUACACAGCCUGACGCUCAGUACUGCGAGUGGUUUCCAUUUUGCUAGACCUUACGGACCCUACGAUUCUCACGACAGAUAUCUUCAAAUCUUCGCUCAAUUGAAAUAUUUGAAAAUAUGUGACGACGAUAGCUCGUUCUGUGCAACUUACAAAGAUAUUUUCCAAGUCGCUAAAAAUUUAGAGACAUUGAUAGUCCACGGAACCGCCAUGCGUGAUGACUCCUUCAACGCAAUAGGUGAUCUCAAAAAGCUAAAGGAGCUAUGCUUGCGUGUUGACAUACACAGCCACAGGUCGGUUAACAAGUUAUCGCUGCCACUACUUGAAAAGAUGUCAACAUACGUUGAUUCAUUUGUGCCGUUUGAAAGUGCCCCGAAACUGAAACGGUUGUGCAUUGAGAACGAAUACAUUUUCAAAGUGAGUGCAAGAUCGGUUGCCGCGAACUCAAAUCUAAUAAGAUAUUUGCGUAUCAUUAAUCAACAAUUGGAGGAAUUGCAUCUUAAGGAGAUGGUUUUGGAAAAUCCUCUAAUCAAUCAGAUUUGCGCAUUGAAGAAGUUAACAACGCUGAAGCUGACCGCGGUCAAUGUGAAAGAGGCGCCAAUCUACAGAAUUCUAUCCGAACUGCCGCAGCUUGAAUACUGCCGCUUCAGGAACUGUAAUGUGGAGACGAGAGUUUCGUUUGACAAUGUAUUUGGCCGUGCGCGUGAGGAGAAUGCCGAGGACAAAGAGAAUAUGGACUUGUUCAAGAAGUUGGAGCUUAUGUACCCACAUUGUCUCAUUGAAAGCGAUACGUUUGACCUCAGCAGAGACAUUCCAGAUCUAUUCUGCGCUAUAACGGGCCUGCGACCCGAGCUCAGUUCUGUGGAAAAUUUCUCCUCGCGAUCAAACAUAAGUGAUAUUUUGAGAUCGUUUUGAUAAUAUGUAUCAAAAAACCGUAGUGGAGUAUAG